AUGAAAGUGAAAAGUGAAAGUGAAGUCGCUCAGUUGUGUCCGAUUCUUAGCGACCCAAUGGACUGCAGCCCACCAGGCUCCGCCGUCCAUGGGAUUUUCCAGGCAAGAGUACUGGAGCGGGGUGCCAUUGCCUUCUCCGCUGAGCAUGCUACCAUAUCCCAAAAUAUCCCAAGACUAACAAAGGCAGCUGUGUCUCAGCCCAGUCCUUCCAUGCAGCAUCCCUUAGUUCCAAUUUUGCCUCUAACUGGAGACCCUCUUCUGUUCCAUGUCUCCAGAGAUGGAGAGAAAAUAGGCCUGGUGACUGGUGUGGCUGAAGGGGAGUAA